CCACGUUCCCUCUCUGCUCCAGCCUGGUUCCGUUUUCCAACACAUAAUCCUAUUAUCAUCCCUUGGUGUUCUGUUUUGCAUUUUGAUCUAUCGGUCAUCGCAUUCCAUUCCAUUCCAUCCCAUCCCAUCCCGCCAUCCAUCCAUCCAUGGAGUCCUUCUCCCACAUCACCGGAGGGGACGACGACGCCGGCGGCGAGGGCUGCAACAGCUGCGAGUCGGGCUGGACAAUGUACCUUGCCUCGCCCAUGCAUAUGCAUGGCCACGACGAUGACGACGACGCUGGCGGUAGCGCCAACCAAGGGAGCAGCGUCGACGAUGGCUACGGUUACAUGAUCAACGGGGGCGGCAAUAAGAAGCAGGAUUACGACGACGACGAUGGCGACGGCGACUCCCUCGCUUCCGAUGCCUCCACCGGCCCAGCUAAAGCCGCCAACAAGUCGCCGUCGCCCCCGCCGGAACACAAACACGGCAAAGAAGACGACGAUAGAGGGCAUCGUGGUGGUGGUGGCGGCGGCAAGGAGGAGACAAAGCUCGCCACCAGCUCACGCAAGAAAGCUGCUGCUGGCAAUGGCAAGCUCAUGGACAAAGCAGCAGCAGCAGCAGCAGGAGGAGGCGAGGGCAACUCGUCAAGGCGAGGCCACGGCAAGGGAGGCGGCGGCGGCUCUUCAAGGAGAAGCUUCUUCCUCUGGUAGAAUUAACAAACAUAUAUGGACGACACCAUUGCUGGCGUGGCGGUCGAUCGAGCUCGAAACCUCUUGUUUGUUAGAAGAAGAAGAAGAAGAAGCAACAACAAGCAUGCAUUCAUUCGUGGAGAUGGAGAUCAUCAAUGGGAAGGCUAUUUUUUUUUGGCCCUUGAUUUUGCCUUCUCCAUGCAUACGUACGGCCAUCUCCUCCUCGUGGAAAUCCACUGUUGUUCUUCAGUGUCCUGACUUUGUUUUUGUUUUUUUUAACAAAAAAAAACAAAUGUUGCUUGCAAUCUCAUUCUGUGUUUUUAGAUAUUAAAGAACACGCUGCUCUUUACCU